AUGAAAGAUAAAGAUAUUCAUCAUUUUUCUACGACCGGUGAUACAAAAGCCGGCAUGGUAGAACGAUUCAAUCGCACUUUGAAAAGUAGAAUGUAUCGUUACUUCACGAGUGCCAAUACUUACAAGUACUUGAAUGUCUUUCAAGUGUUGGUCAGAGGAUACAACGAAUCCUUUCAUCGAAGUAUAGGAAUGAAACCCUCAGAAGUGACUUUGGAAAAUGUUAGUGAUGUGUGGGAUACAUUGUACGGUAAAAAGAUUAAAACAACAAUGCAAAUUGAAACCCCGAUUUCGAGUCAACGAUAGAGUUCGAUUAAACGAAAAAUCCAGGAUGUUUAAAAAAGGAUAUUUACCAGGUUGA